AUGCAGCCGCUGUACGUGGACAUUUCGCACAACUAUGCCGAUACACUUUGGAGUAAGGAUCAGCAAAGGGCACUGGCGGCCGUAGCCGAUGCGAUGAUUGCGCCACUCACGCCGGAGGAAAAGGACGCCUUCCUGCGUGGUCUGCCGUCGGAGGAGCGAGCGCGCGCGGCGGUAUUGGCCGACAUGAAGUUCACAGACUUGCCCGAUGGCGUCAACUUGGUCGCCAUGCAUGUCACGCUGACCGUUUCGUAUACGCUGCGCCUGCUCAUGUCGACGUUGCUGGCGGCGUUAUCGACACGAGCUGGGUGCCUGGCGUUGGUGGGCCGGGUGGGACCGGUGUGGCAGGUAGAUGCGCCAUCGAUCCGGCGCUUUCUUGCCGCCUGGCGCCGCUCGCCGAUCCAAAUGAUCCGGAUGGGUGAGUUUGGCUUUCGCGCUUUGACGCUCGCUGUGUUUUACCGGCACAUGAGGUCAGCGGCUGAGGCGAUCGGAUACCCGUGGGGCCGUACGGACGAUUGGAAGACGCCGCCGAAGGCGGAUGAGCAGGAAGCGAUCCCGCCGUACGAGUACCGCUUCUUGAACGAGGAGCUGCCGUCGACGCCCACGGAGGCGCCGGUGGAUGUGCACGCUGAUGUCGUCAUCGUCGGCUCCGGCUGUGGUGGCGCCGUCGUAGCUGCGUACCUCGCUGAGCGUGGGCUCCAGGUCGUGGUCGUGGAAAAGGGCAUGUACGUGAGCGCCGAUAAAAUGCCGCAGACGCAGUCUUUCGGCCUCGACCAGAUGUUUGAGCGGCUGGGCUUUGUGCCGACCUCGAAUCUUUCCUUGGCGAUCCUCGCCGGCAGUGGCUUUGGGGGUGGCUCGACGAUCAACUGGGGCGCGACACUCAUGCCGCGCCACUACCUGCGCGAGGCGUGGAGCCAGAGAUUCGGUAUGCCCUACUUCCAGUCGUCGCUGUUUUCCCAUGAUCUGCAUGCCUGUGCCCGCCGCAUGGGCACGACGGACGACGUCACACACAACCGAGCCAACUCGCUGCUGAUGCUCGGCGCGCAUCGCAGUGGACAGCCGGCGCAGGUCGUGCCGCAGAACAAUGCUCACCGCCCGCACUACUGCGGCAAGUGCACGUUUGGAUGCACGGCUGGUCACAAGCAGGGCACGGUCAUGACAUGGCUGCAGGAUGCCGCCCAGCACGGCGCGCAGUUCCUAACGCAUUGUGAGGUCGAUCGCGUGAUCAUGGACCGUGGGCGCGCUACGGGUGUGGAAGCGACGGUGCGUGGCCAGCAGCGCGUUCGCGUCCAUGGUCGUCGCGGCGUCGUUGUGUCGGCUGGCAGUCUGAAUACGCCGGCGAUUCUGCUACGCACACCUGCGCUUCGCCGCAACCAGCAGAUCGGCAGGCAUCUGCAUUUGCAUCCUGUCGCAUUCGUGCACGGCUUUUAUGACAAGCCUGUGCGCCCAUGGCAAGGCGCCGCGCUCACGACGGUCUCGAAUGCGGCGGAACUCGUCGAUCCGCAAGGCUGGGGCGCCAAGAUCGAGGUCAUGGCGUCGGCUCCGGCGCUCUAUUGUGCGCUGCUGCCGUACCACGACCAUGUCGAGCACAAGUCUCUGGCGUUUCGGUAUCCGUACAGCUACACGGCUAUCGUGAUUGUGCGCGACCGAGACGGUGGCCGCGUCAAGCUCGACCAAGGGGGCCGGGCCCUGGUCGAUUACUCGCUCAGUGCGUUUGACCACACGAGCCUGCUGGAGGGCGUGAAGCGCGCCAUCGAGAUUCACAUGCACGCAGGUGCCUCGAUGAUUGCGACGAGUCAAACGGGUGUGCCGGUGUACACGUGCCCACCGAGGCAGGAAAACAUGGCGAGCCACGAGAUGGCGUCCAUACCUGGCCGCUACGAGCUGGACGAUGUGCCGGCGCAGGGCCAGGCAGAGCACCCGUCCUUCCAGGCGUUCCUCCGAUCCGUGGAGCGUGUCGGUUUCGGUCCUCAACGCGGUGCGAUAGGCUCCGCGCAUCAGAUGGGCUCGUGCCGCAUGGGCGCGCAUCCCGCGUCGUCGGCCUGCGAUCCACAUGGACGCGUUCGUGGUGCCGACAACUUAUGGGUCGCGGACGGCUCGGUGCUGCCCGAAGCGGCCGGUGUGAAUCCCAUGCUCACGAUCCUCGCCACGUCGAUGGGCAUUGCACGGCACAUAGCGGAAGACCUCGGCGUGGCUCGACCGCUGGACCCGCCGUCCUUGGACGCCGCGCCACGUGCUCAUUUGUAG